AUGUCGAGUGGGAAACGGGAACCGGAAACCAGGAACCAAACACCGGGAACCGAAGAGCAGGAAACAGUUCUGGGAACCGGAAAUCGAGAACCGAGAAUCGAGAAUCGAGAACCGAGAACCGAGAACCGAGAACCGAGAACCGAGAUCCGGAAACCAAGAAUCGAACUAGAACUACAAAUCGGAAACCGGAAACAGGAAAGCGGGGAACUGGAAACCGGGACCGAAACCGUGGGAAACGGGAACCGGAAACCAGGAACCAAACACCGGGAACCGAAGAGCAGGAAACAGUUCUGGGAACCGGAAAUCGAGAACCGAGAAUCGAGAACCGAGAACCGAGACCCGAGAAUCGAGAACCGAGAACCGAGAACCGAGAACCGAGAACCGAGAACCGAGAACCGAGAACCGAGAACCGAGAACCGAGAACCGAGAACCGAGAACCGAGAACCGAGAACCGAGAACCGAGAACCGAGAACCGAGAACCGAGAACCGAGAACCGAGAACCGAGAACCGAGAACCGAGAACCGAGAACCGAGAACCGAGAACCGAGAACCGAGAACCGAGAACCGAGAACCGAGAACCGAGAACCGAGAACCGAGAACCGAGAACCGAGAACCGAGAGCCGAGAGCCGAGAACCGAGAACCGAGAACCGAGAACCGAGAACCGAGAACCGAGAACCGAGAACCGAGAACCGAGGACCGAGAACCGAGAACCGAGAACCGAGAACCGAGAACCGAGAACCGAGAACCGAGAACCGAGAACCGAGAACCGAGAACCGAGAACCGAGAACCGAGAACCGAGAACCGAGGACCGAGAACCGAGAACCGAGAACCGAGAACCGAGAACCGAGAACCGAGAACCGAGAACCGAGAACCGAGAACCGAGAACCGAGAACCGAAAACCGAGAACCGGAAAUUGAAAACCAGAAACCGGAAGCCGGGAGCAAGGAACUAAACUGGGAAAGUUUGUGGGAACCAGAAACCGGGAACCGGAAACCGAAAACCAGUAACCAGGAACUGGGAUCCGAAAACCGGAAACUAGAAAUCGGAAACCAAGAACCGGGAAACGGCAACCAGUAA